AUGGCUGCGCAACCAAAUGGACUCCACGACGAUGAGCUCGUCACCCCUCAUCACGAGCCACCCACCACCGCCGAGCCCACCACUGCCGCCGAUGUUGAGGUUGAGUCGGACCGCGAUGAAGAUGAGGACGACGACGGCGAAGACGACGAUGACGACGAGCCCAAGCUAAAGUACGAUCGCCUCACCAGCACCUUGGGCUCCGUCUACCGCAAUGGCGACGCCACUAGCAGCUUCAUUGUCGGAGGGGACAAGAUGAUCAUAGGCACCCACAAUGGAAACAUUAACGUGCUCUCCAUGCCCUCUUUCCAAUCGCUGCGCUUCUACCACGCCCACUCGGCCUCGGUCACUUCAGUGUCAAUCUCGCCGUUUCCCCCUCCUCUACCAGACUUGAGGGGGGAUCCUGUGACCAGAACCGCUACGGAACCCGUCCCUCCACCGGAACGGCGCAGCACUGCCGCGUCUACUGUGUCAAGCCCGCCGUCGAGAACUCCAAGACAGGCACCGCUCCCGGCCACGCCUUCCAAUUCGAUUUAUGUCGCAACCUCUUCAAUUGAUGGCCACGUCUGUGUGUCAUCCCUUGUGGACCAGAAAGAUGUCACCCUCAGGAAUUUUCGCAGACCCAUCAAUUCCGUCGCACUGUCUCCGGAGUACAAGAGCGACAGAACUUAUCUUUCGGGAGGAUUGGCUGGAAACCUGAUCUUGACACAGGGAGGACGGCCUGGUGUCAGUUCUGAGGCGAACACUAACAGUGCUGCCGCUGCGGCUUCUGGAUGGCUGGGCUCUAUCGGACUCGGUGCGAAUACUGGGAAGGAUACCAUCCUCCACUCGGGCGAAGGCAGCAUCAGUGCAAUUAAAUGGUCCCUCUCUGGCGCAUACGUGGCGUGGGCAAAUGAGCAGGGUAUCAAGAUAAUGCGUUCCAAUCUGAAGUUGGAAAGCGUCGACUCGGAGUUUGCCUGGAGGCGGAUCGCCCAUGUGGAUCGACCCUCCCACGGUCAGUGGGAUGAUAUGGCCUCUGUGUGGAAAGCCAGAAUAGAGUGGAUUGAUGAGAAGAAUCUCGAAACGAACGACGAUGGCCCCAUCAAAAAUGGCAUCGACCGAUCUGGGACGGAUAUCGCAGAUGUUCAAAGCUCGCCGAGCAAAAACGGCACGAAGCGUCUAAAGCCAAAGAAAGAGAAGCUAUUGGUCGGCUGGGGCGAUACUGCUUGGGUUAUACAAGUUGAUCCAGGCGGAGCCGGCACAGGGAAAAAUAUUGGAGAAAGGUCUGCAGGACGCGCAGACAUUGUUCAUAAGCUUCGAUUCGACGACUGUAUUAUUUCUGGUUUAUCGCUUUAUACCCCUUCCAUACUUCUUGUUCUUGCAUAUCGCACCCGCGAUGAUGACGAUAACCCUAUCAACGCUACAACCACGGACGCGACCAAACGAGGAAUACACCACCGAUCCAAUGGAAUCCAGCCUGAGAUCCGAUUAAUAGACGCUGACACAUCGGAAGAGGUUGAUGUGGACACUCUGACCGUCAGCCGAUUCGAGACCCUCUCAGCAGCCGACUACCAUCUCAGUACCCUCUAUGUUCCACCCCUGCUACCAGGGAGUCCAGUGGCGCAGCGAGGGGCUCUUGAGACAAUUAGUGAAGGAAUCUGGGGUGCCGGCGUCACGGCUCAACGAAUCUUUAGCUCAGGCGCUUCUAUAGCCAGCUUGGGGAGCAGCGGCGGUGACAAUGGCAAGGGCAAUCUGCAGCGCAGCAUGACUGGGCAAGCACCCAUGGCGAGACAAGCCUUGCUGAAGGGGGGACAUCCUUUGGCAGUCUCUGCUGGCUUGAAGAUGUUCAUCCACAGCCCCUACGACUGCGUCAUUGGCGUAAAGCGUGACCUCGGAGACCAUCUUUCGUGGCUUCUGGAACAUCAGAACUACAAAGACGCAUGGGAACUCGUCAACACCAAUCCUGAGAUCGUGCUAUCGCCUCAGCAGGGUGACGAGCCCAUGUCCCCAACCGUCGGCACGCCAGUCUCAUCACUUCGACGGAAACCGAGCAUGGCGGAGUUCUUUGCAGACGAUACUUCGCAGACCACCAUCUCUGCUGAGAAGCAGCACAACUCGGCCGCGGAAAAGGAAAAGCGUCGCAUCGGUGAUUUCUGGAUGCAGCAGCUUGUUUCCGCGAAAGACUGGACAACGGCUGGCAAAGUUGCGGGUAAAGUGCUUGGGACUUCAUCACGAUGGGAGCAUUGGGUUUGGACGUUUGCUGAAGCGGGUCAAUUCGACGCAAUCACCCCAUAUAUCCCUACAAAGCAGAUGCAUCCACCGUUGCCUUCUCUAGUUUACGAGGUCGUGCUCGGCAACUACAUCAUCCGCGACCGCGUCCGAUUGAAGGAGCUUUUGGACAUGUGGGAUCCGGAACUGUUCAACGUGGGCAGCGUCAUCAACGCACUGGAAAGCAAGCUGGAUUCCGGCGACGUCACUGAAGACACGGUCGAAGGAGGCGAGCGAGGCAGAGACUGGCGCAUUCUUAUGGAAGCUCUUGCGAAGCUAUACAUUGCCGACGGCCGUCCCAAACAAGCUCUGCAAUGCUACAUUCGCGUGCAGAAUGCUGACGCCGCCAUGUCUCUCAUCCGCGAGUAUCGUCUCAUGGCUGAAGUUGCCGAUGAUAUCCCGGGCUUCAUCAUGGUCCGAAUCUCUAGGGAGCAAAUGAAAAUGGCAUCAUUGGAAGAGCUGGAAGACGCGUCUUCGGAAGCCGUACAGCUUCUCGUCGAAGACGCCUACCAGGGCUUGGUAAAUCCCCACACUGUGGUCGAACAGCUCCAGGAAAAGGGCGGCUCGUUCAAGCCUUUCCUGUUCUUCUACGUGCGCGCUCUGUGGACCGGCAAGGGGAGCGAAAGCGAGUUGCGCGCGACUCAUGCCCGCAUAGUCGACGAAGGAAGGACAAUGGUCGAGGAUUUUGGCGAUCUCGCCGUGGAGCUCUUUGCUGAGUAUGACCGAGAUCUUCUGAUGGAGUUCGUGAAGUCCUCGCAAAGCUACGACUACGAAAAGGCCUGCGCCGUAUGCGACUCCCGCCAGUACAUCCCCGAGCUUGUCUACAUCCUCUCCAAGACUGGUGAAGUGAAGAAAGCCCUCUUCCUCAUCAUUGAUAAGAUGGGUGAUGUAUCCUACGCAAUCUCCUUCGCCAAAGAGCAGGACGAUCCAGAUCUCUGGGACGACCUGCUCGACUACAGCAUGGACAAGCCGCACUUCAUCCGGGGACUCCUCGAGGAAGUCGGCACCGCCAUCGACCCCAUCACACUGGUCCGCCGCAUCCCCGAGGGCCUCGAGAUCGAAGGGCUCAGGGAUGGCAUUCGGCGUAUGGUCAGGGAGUACGAGAUCCAGUUCAGCAUCAGCGACGGCGUCGCCAAGGUGCUGCGGAGCGAGGUUGCGUCGGCGAUGGAGACGCUGCGAGCAGGCAGGAAGAAGGGCGUCAAGUUCGAGGUGUUGGACAAGGAGCCGGACCACGUCGACAUUUUCGUCGAGCCGCUGGCGGAGGCGCAGGACGUCGCGGAGAAGAACGACGACGCGGUCGUCACCAAGCGCGUCGACGCGGCCGCCGAGCCAAUCAAGCCCGGGCAUUGCGUGGGCUGCAGGAAGCCCUUUACUCAAGACGAGAGGGAGACGCUCAUUGGAUUCGCCUGCGGUCACGUCUACCACCUUUCCUGUCUCCUCGAUUCGGCGGGUGCGAGCUCCAGCGCGUCUGCGGCGUCGAUGCUGCAGGCACAGUUUGCCGAGGAUGCGGAGACGUCAAGCCACAGCGUCGGCGCCAAGGUCGCGCACGCUCACCUGAUUCGCAAUGCCAUCAGCGGCGGGUGUCCAAUUUGUGCCGAGGUGGCAGAGUAA